CAGGCAAUUUGUAAGAAGGUACAAGUUUUCUACAGAUACACCGAUUUUGACCAAUCAGUGAGAGAUCUUGUCCGUAACUAUAGUACUCUAUCUUGGUUUUUGCUUCAGCAGAGAGGAGUUCGCGUUGACGACAGUGCAAGUGACCGUUACAGUUUUUUGGACAAGACAGUAAGAAACACUAUGAGCCAUUUACAAGACCCUAGGACGAGCAGUCAAGAUGAACUAAGUAAUGUUACCGUUACUACUACUGCCUUCAGCAACAGAAAUGGUUUCUCGACAUCUCCCAGGAAAAGGUUGCUGUCUUCAACGCUAUUAAAUGAAGAUGAAGCACCCCCACCAAACAAAAGAAUCCACUCACCAACCGAGGAGGAAAAGGAGUCCUUUUUGAGAGAGAAACAGAACCUUUACAAGCGACUUGUGGAUGAGAAAAACUCGGUUUUUAUGUUCCCUUUCUUGCCACUGGGUGCAACAGGAUUCUCCCCUGUCUCCCCCAUGUACUCAUUCCUCCAACAGCAGCAACAACAACAGGCAAGUGCUUCAAUAUCCCUCGGUGGUAGCCCUUUGUCUGUUCAACCUCGCGAAACAACCCUCGGAUCUACAAGUACAACCACAGCGGCUCUGAACAUAUCAGGACUCCCUACACCUAGUGGAAGCAGUGUUGGAAGCGUGACACCUCCUAGAUCAACACAAAUGCUAACUGCCAAUUUCCUCAAGUAUCCGUUCUCACCUCCCACUCCGUCCAGUUUCAGCAACCUCAGUUUGGUGUCUCCCUGGAGCAAUGGCAACACUAGUGCACCUGACUCAAAUAAGCCAAGCACACAAGGCUCACCAAAAUCUGUUGAGCAAUCUUCGCCAAAGAAGUCUGGAGUUCAUCCACCACAAUCGGUUAUGUCAGCAUCUUCAAUACUUGGAGCACUUGCAGCCAACCAAUCAUGUUUUUUGCCAGGACAGUCCCCCCUAAACUAUCUCCAGUACCCUUCCCCAGUGUCUCCAAUGAUGUACCUUAAUUCCCCGUAUAUGUUUUCCAUCCCAUCAGUGAAUUCUUCCAUUCCAUCUGUGAGCUCGUCCAGUGGUUGCUCCAGCUCCAGUGAUGGUGCCCCGGGCUCAGUGGCCUCACUAAACCACAGCUAUGCUCCCAGCGAAUACCAUGCGGGCCCUAGGAGACCACUAAUUGAAAAGAUUACAGACAAACACGAUAAUCAGAGCGAGAGCCCAAGUAAUUCUGGGAGGAAUACUCCUAUUGAUGUGGGAAUAGAAGACAGUGUAGUCUUAUCAACUGGAAUGGAUGGUGCUUUGUUGGCUCAAAAGCUGUUUGCAUCUGUUGGUGCAGAUAAGGGCAAUAGUAGUGGGAUCCCCUCCAGAGAUGGAAUUUCAAAGCCCCACCUUACUCCAGACUCCUACCAGGCAGAGAAUGCUUUUUUACAUUAUCAGAGUUAUGUAAGCCACGUUAUGGACCGUCCUAGCUCUGGAGUAUCGAGUAUGUCAUCAAGUACUUCCAGUAGAGAUUCAACUCCCGAACCAGGAGACAUAAAGCACCAUGCUCACAGUCUGGGGAUAGGUAAAGACUUGUUCUGUAUGGUACCUGGUCGGCUGUCACUACUCAGCUCAACACAAAAGUACCCUGUGGAGGUGGAUGAGGUCAGGCGAAGACUCUCACAUCCGGAGUGUCUAAAUGCCUCUGUGCUAGGUGGAAUACUGAGAAGAGCCAAGUCUAAGAAUGGUGGUCAUGUCCUGAGACAGAGGCUUGAGUCAAUAGGAGUCUCCCUGCCUCCUGGUAGGAGAAAGGCCACUGAUCUCUCUCUGUUUACGUCACUAGUAGAAGGAGAGGCUGUUCACUUGGCUAAAGACUAUCAUCGCCUCUGUGACAACUACUUCCCUUGUAUGGAGUUGGCCCAAGUGAUUGCAAGUCAGCACACAGGCACUCCUGAGGCUCAGCAUAGGAUCGCUAUGGUCAAAGCAACACAGCUGAUUCUGAAUGAACUUCAAGCCAUGGUGAACACUGUUGGCACACCAAGUAACAUCAGUGCGAAUGAUCCCUCUAACCCGUACCCAGGGCUCGUCAACUUUGGUUUGAUCACACAUGGAUUUGGAAACCCAGCCAUGAACGCAUCUCUUAGUGCUGUACAGACCUACCUCAAAGAUUUGCUAAACUACUACGAUGGCACCAAACCUAUUCAACCUGAUCCAAGAUAUAAAUACCAAGACAAUAGACUCCCUGGAGCUCUGGCUAGCAACUCAAAACCACAAUCAUCAAACAGUGUGCCCACAAGCUCAAGAUUGGACUGUGGCAGAGAAGAUGGCCGAAGUCGAUCUGGACUGUUCGUCUGCAUGAAGCAGGAACCAUCAGAGUAGUAACAUUCUUAUUGAACUUGUUAUGCAUUAUUGUUGUGUUUGUAUAGAGCAACCCUUAUGAGCACUUAUUCAUCUCACACAGCGCUCUCAACUCAUUGUAUUUAUGAUUUAUGUCAGACUGUUACUCAUGCUGCCUUGCUACACUGCGUAUUCUACCUUGUCAAUCGCCCAAAGUUAUUUUCUCACCAGCAAACUCCUCCUUUCUAUUCAUGACAUUGAUUUGUUUAAGAUUA